UUGAAUUGGCAAAGUUACGAAAGUUUUAUAUUUCAACAACACCAACAACAAUUUUUCCCCAAAUUCACCAUUUUUAUCAACCCAACUUUCUCCAAAAUCCUCUCUUUGAAUCAUGGCCAUCUCCAACUCAACCCCCUCCCUUCUUGGAGCUCAAUUCUUGAUCUUCUCUUUGAUUCUCUUCAAAGCUCACUCUUUUUCCUUCACCUUCUCCAAUUUCCAACAAAACAAUCCCGACAUAUUCUUGGAAGGCGAUAGUUUCAUCAACAAUGAUGUUAUUCAACUGACAAAGAACCAGGCCGAUGGCCCUCUUACCGACAGUGCAGGUCGAGCGUCAUAUUCGCAGCCAGUACGACUAUGGGACACCUCCACAGGGCAAGUCGCAGACUUCACCACCCACUUCUCCUUCAGAAUCAACACGCUCAACGAAACUUCUUUUGGCGAUGGCAUCUCAUUUUUCAUCACCCCUUUCGAUGCAAGAAUUCCCAGUAACUCAACUGGGGGAUUUCUUGGAUUAUUCAGCUCCGGUUCCGCUUUUGAUGUCUCUAAGAAUCAAGUGGUUGCGGUUGAGGUUGAUUGUCGGAAAAACGAUUGGGAUCCGAGUGAUAAUCACUUGGGAAUCAACGUGAAUUCUAUUAAAUCUGUGGCUGAUGUUGUUUGGAACAGUAGCAUGAGGGAUGGGAGAUUGGCAAAUGCGUGGAUCACUUACGAUUCCUCCACCAAAAACUUGUCUGUUUUUCUAACUUAUGUUAAAGAUCCGAUUUUUAAUGGAACUUUCAGCCUUUCACAUGUUGUUGACUUGAGAAACGAAUUGCCCGAAAGGGUCAGGGUGGGAUUCUCCGCUGCCACAGGGGAAUGGUUCCAAAUACAUAACAUUAUUUCUUGGUCCUUCAACUCAACUUUGGAGAUCGAUGGUGGAAAAGACAACAAUAGAAAUAUUGGUUUGGCAGUUGGGCUUGGCGUUGGGCUUGGUGUUUUGAUAUGUGGGUUGGGUUUUGUGGGGUUUGUUUGGUGGGGGAGGCGAUUUAGAAGGGAAAUGGAAGAUGUGGAUGAUUCUAUAGAUGAUGAGUUUGAAAAAGGAACUGGCCCCAAAAGGUUCACUUACAGGGAAUUGACUCAAGCGACUAAGAACUUUGAUGAAACAGGCAAGCUUGGAGAAGGAGGAUUUGGAGGUGUUUACAAGGGUUUGUUAACAGAAUCCAAUGUCGAAGUAGCUGUGAAGAGGGUUUCAAGAGGAUCGAGACAAGGGAAAAAAGAGUACAUAUCGGAAGUGAAGAUUAUAAGUCGUUUGAGACAUAGGAAUCUUGUUCAACUCUUCGGUUGGUGCCAUGAAAAGGGAGAGUUCCUUUUGGUUUAUGAGUUCAUGCCCAAUGGUAGUCUCGAUACACACCUCUUCCGAGGUAAAACGAUGCUAACUUGGCCAGUCAGAUACAAAAUAGCACUAGGGUUGGCUUCUGCGUUACUAUAUCUUCAUGAAGAAGGGGAACAAUGCGUGGUGCAUAGAGAUAUCAAAUCCAGCAAUAUAAUGUUGGACUCGAGUUUCAAUGCUAAGCUUGGAGAUUUUGGCCUUGCGAGGUUUGUAGACCAUGAGUUGGGCUCACAAACCACCAUCUUGGCUGGCACCAUGGGCUAUCUAGCGCCAGAGUGCGUGACAGAUGGCAAGGCGAGUAAAGAAUCAGAUGUUUACAGUUUUGGAGUGGUGGCUCUAGAGAUCGCAUGCGGGCGACGGCCAGUAGAAUCUAGAGCAGAGCCUGACCAGGUGAGACUCGUUGAGUGGGUUUGGGAGUUGUAUGGCAGAGGCCAAGUCCUAGAGGCGGCAGACAAGAGACUAGAAAUGGAAUUUGAUGAGCAGCAAAUGGAGGGUUUGAUGGUGGUUGGAUUGUGGUGCUGCCACCCCGAUUUCAAGUUGCGGCCUUCUAUAAGACAAGUGAUUAAUGUUCUAAACUCUGAAUCUCCACUACCCGCACUACCCGCAAAGUUGCCCGUGCCGAUGUAUUUUGCACCGCCGUUGAAUUUGUGCAAGUUCUCGUACACAUCAACGAGCACCACGGGCACGCCAGUGGAUAGAAGUCAGUGUUCAUGUAGCAAUUGUUCCACUUAUACCACGCAAUCUUCAGGAUCAGAAGUGUCACUCUUGAAAUCACAAAUACAUGUGGUAUAAUUUUAGAGCGAGAAUUUUCUUUUGUUAUUAUUAUUAUUUUUCUUUUUGGUAGUUAUUGUAAGACUUUUCAAUUUUGUUCCUUUACGUAAAAAGAUGCUCUUUGUCCCGUCCCAUAUCGUUUGAUUGAUUUGAUUCUUUUUUUUUUUCUGAUUUUUGUGCUAGCUUUUGGAACUGUAAAAUCUACAAUAACUUCUUCUUGAGAGGUAUUGUGGUUGUGAGUGCAGAAUAGACAUAUAUUAAAGAAGUUGAGGCCCAA